AUGGUGUGUCGUGAAAUGGAGCGCAUACAGUCUAGAUUUGCUCGCAAAACGUCGCGCGGCGGCGCAAAGGGGGUAUUGAUCGGCGGCGACGGGUCGCGAGACGCCGGCGUUACUGCCUGCCGCCUAAAUAAAGCUCUCCAUGUGUGCCGCCCUACGUCGAUGCCGUCGCGCCUUACACUUUCAUGCUGUCAUAUCAUG